AUGCCCUCCGUGCUACCUCCACCCACCUCUCCCUCACACUAUCCUCCACCCAUCACGCCCUCACACUGUCCUCCACCCACCACGCCCUCACACUGUCCUCCACCCACCACGCCCCACACUGUCCUCCAUCCACCACGCCCCCAGACUAUCCUCCACCCACCACGCCCCCCACUAUCCACCACCCAUCACGCCCACACACUGUCCUCCACCCACCACGCCCUCCAAGCAUCGUGCCGUCACACUGUGUUCCAGACUCCCUCCUCUUAUUUCUCCCUCACAUUGCUUUCCAGGACUACCCUCCACAAACUACACUCACACACUGCCUUCACUGUCCUCCAGGCUCCCCGACUCACCAUGCUACCCUCCACCCAACUAACCACCACACCACACUACUCUCCAGGAUUCCUCCAACUACUUCCUCAUACUUUAGUGCAGAUUCCUUCCCUGCAGUCACAUUACCCCUCAACCUCCUCCAUCCAUCCCACCCUCACACUGCCCCCCACGACCCCACACUACCCUCCACGACCCCACCUACCCACCACGACCUCACAAUGUCCUUCAGACUCUCCCACGCCCCUCACGCUGCCUUCAAAGCCGUCGCAAUUCUCUGCAGCCCCUCCCCCACCCACCUCUACCCCUCUCCCUAUCUUUACCUACCUCUACCCUCGUCAUACCUUUAACUACCUCUACCCUCUCCCUGGACCCACCUUAAAAUACCUCUGCUUCUCACUACCCUCCACUCCACGCCGCGAUCUGCACCAGCGAAUCGUGAAAACCAACAUGUUUGCCACUAAUCAAUGCUCGCACGAGUAA